ACUCCUAAAAUAAUAUUAUUAACUUUCAAGUGAAAUUACUUUUAAGUUGAUGUAACUAAUGACCAAAAGUUUUUAAAAAUGGCGGACCCAAAUGGCGAAUGGGGUCCUGAUGGAACUUUUUAUGACAAAAUGGAUCCUGGGCCAUACGAAACUCAAAGAGGUGGAGAAUAUGAUAGUUAUGGAGGAUCAGGGAGGUUUCAUGGAGGUUAUGAUGAUCGAAGAGGAGCUGGAAAUCGAUAUAACGACAGAAGAGGUGGAGGUGGAGGUGGAGAUACAUCAGGUAGACAUGAUGUACCAAAUGAACCUCCAUUCGUUGCAUAUGUAGGAAACCUUCCUUAUCAGUGUGUGCAGGGAGAUAUUGAUGCUAUAUUCAAUGAUUUAAAAGUAAAAAGUGUUCGUUUAGUUAGAGAUAGAGAGACCGACAAGUUUAAAGGAUUUUGCUACGUUGAAUUUGAAGACCAGAAAUCUUUAUUAAGUGCAAUUGAAUUUGAUGGUGCAGAGUUUGCUGAUAGAAAUCUUCGUGUAAAUGUUGCACCCGCUAGAGAUAAAAAAGAAGGUGGUGGACGCGGUCGAGGUAGAGGAAGGGGUGGUCAUGAAGGUGGUAGAGGAGGUGGAUCUCACGAUGACGGAUUCAGAAGUAAUCGCGGACAUUCCGAUAGAGGAGGAGGUGAUAGGUGGAAUCGUGGAGGUGGUGGGGGUAGUCACCGACAAGAAAGAAGACAGCCACACCUAGAGGAAUUUAAAGAACCAAACCCCGAGGAACUUUCGCGGCGGCCGAAAUUGAAUCUUCUUCCUCGCUCCACUAAAGAACCAGUUCUUGAAGUAGCAGAUAAAGUACAGCAAUUAAAUAUUUUUGGGGGCGCCAAGCCUAGAGAUGAAACUAAAUAUGAAAACAGAAUAAAAAAAGAAUAAAAGAUACCGUUGAGUGGUUUAUUUAAUUCUUACCAAGUUCGUGGUAUCUUCAUAUAUAUAUUGAGAUAUCACGAAGAAAAUGAUCUACUCCUUUUUCCGAAUUGAACAGUUUGUAUGCUUUAAUGUAUUAGCGUCAGGCACAUCUAAAAUACAGAUCCUUGUUUUUA